CAGGAAGAGGAACUGUCUGCGCUGCGGGUGCCUUGCUGUGCACCGCCGGGACAGAUCCUGCCUCUUUAUCUUUGCUGGGACAGAGCCAGCUUGCAAGAGACACAACUGUUCCCUGCUCUCUCGGGCGGCAGCUGGAUGAGCUCUGGAUGCAAGGAGGAAAGUUAACAGUGCAGCUUUAAGAUGAAGCCUCCACCUGGGCAAGGCAUAAGGCUGGCAUACCUUCUCCUGAAUUUGGCUUCCCUCUGCUUUCCCAUCCCACUCUGGAAGGACCGGGACUCCCUAAUGCAGGAGGAGAAAGCCCGUCAGACAGGUGGCAAUUUGGUGCUGAGUAGACAGGAACAGCAGCUCAGUACAAAGCUCUUAAACCUCAAGAAGGAAGAGGUUGCCACAGCCAUAACUACGGGACAGUUUCCUCCAACCAUGCACUUCUUUCGGGCAAAAGGCCUCAUUGAUCAGAGCACAGUGUUCAGCAUCUUAAAGCGCAUGCCAAAAGGUGCUGUCUUACACCUGCAUGACUAUGCCAUCCUGAGUGUGGACUGGCUAGUAUACAAUGCCACCUACCUCCCCAACUGCUACAUCUGCUUCACCCACAUGGGCACCGUUCGGUUUCGCUUUUCCAAGCCUCACCCUCCUCACCCAGUGCCAGCCCAGUGCUCCCAGUGGGUUUUGCUAGAGACUUACCGGAAACAGCUGCACAACGUGACUGAGUUUGAUAGCAGCUUGCUGAGAAACUUGACCCUGGUGACAGAUGCCCCUGAGCUGGCAUACCCUUCUCAGACUUUCAUUUGGAAAAGAUUUGAAGAAGUCUUUCUCAUUGCCUCUGGACUUAUCUGCUAUGCACCUGUGUUCAAGGCCUAUUUCUACCAGGGGCUGCUGGAGCUCUAUGAAGAUAACGUACAGUAUGUUGAGAUAAGAGCUCUCCUGCCUCCGGUGUAUGAACUGGAUGGCACCCGGCAUAACAAAUCAUGGUCCGUGGCAACCUAUCGGGAAGUGACUAGGCAAUUUGUGAAGGAGCACCCUGACUUUCUUGGAGCCAAGAUUAUAUUUACAGCACACAGGAAGCUGAAUGUUUCCCAGAUUAAAGAAGCCAUCGUCACUGCCAUGGCACUCAGAGCCCGCUUCCCAGACACCCUAGCAGGCUUCGACCUGGUUGGUAAUGAGGAUGAAGGUCACUCUUUAUGGGACCUGAAGGAUGCCCUGACCAUCCCGUAUUCUCUGGGGGUCAACUUGCCAUACUUUUUCCAUGCUGGGGAGACUGACUGGCAGGGCACCUCUGUAGACAAUAACGUGCUGGAUGCAUUGCUACUGAAUACCAGUCGGAUUGGCCAUGGACUUGCCCUCAUUAAACACCCAGUAGCCAAAAGUUUGUCUCUGAAGAGGGAUGUUCCUGUAGAAGUCUGUCCCAUCUCCAACCAGGUCCUGCUCUUGGUAGCUGACUUGCGGAGCCACCCCGCAGCCAGCCUCAUGGCUGAAGGGCACCCCAUUGUGAUCAGCCCUGAUGAUCCCGCUAUCUUUGGGGCAAAGGGCAUCUCCUAUGACUUCUACGAGGUGUUCAUGGCCAUCGGAGGGAUGAAUGCUGACCUGAGGACCUUAAAACAACUUGCACUCAACUCCAUAAAAUACAGUGCCAUGCUACCAGAUGAGAAAGCCAAGGCCAAAGAUGUCUGGCAGAAAAAAUGGGACCAAUUUGUGGCUGACCUCUCUGAUAGCUUUCUGAGGGAGCUUUAGAGGGGAGGAGACUCAUCUCAGAAGGCAUUUGGCAAGCCAGAGCAAGCCAGGCUUAUUGCUAAGAGGGAGACUGCUUCUUCCAUGUGACCUGAGCAGAUGAGUGAACCUCAAAGUCUCACCUGGCAAUGGGAAAUUCUGGUGAGCUAGUCUUAAUGCUAAGAAUGAGCUGCACUAUCCUUUGAAAGGCAUGGGCUGGAGGUAAAAGGGAACAGUGAGCACUUAUAGCAACAACAAAAGAACACCCCACUCAAAAUAGUCAAAACAAUUAAAAAUUGCCAGUGACCAAAUCCUGACAUCCUUAUUCAGGAAAAACAUGCUUUCUAAUUAGAGUUAGCGGGAGAUUGCCAACGUGAGGAUCUCUGAAUUUCGCCUUAUCAUUACAAAAUGCAGACCUUGUCCGGAAACAGCUAAGACAAACAUCCAACCAUUUGGGCCACUGACCUUCAGGAGAGCAAGGACUGAAAAUGACUCUUGUUAUGUUUAACCCUGGGCCUGCUGCCAAAAUAGCACUGCUAGGUCGAAGAACCAGUCAUAGGUCUGAUGUCUGCUAUUUCAGGACCUACCAUGGGUGGAAACAAGCUGAUGGAACUUGCUCCCAGAACAUUUAAGCCUGGUUGCACAGUGAUCAUAAAGCCAAAAAAUAGGUGCCUCAGUUGCCAACAGUUUUUUUUACUCCAAAAUCUUUUCCUGUCCCCUGGUCACAAUGGAAGCCAAAACACUUUUCAGCUGAGAAAGAACACCCUGGCUUCCCAGAUCCAGCUUAAUUAAAACUCUCCCCCUGCACUGGGACAUGUUAACACAGGCCUCUGCAUUUAUAGGAAACACCUUUUAAUUUCAGGGGGUUCCACCACCAGCCUUUGUCACCUAACUCAGAGUGCAAAUGUGGCCUUAUUCAGCCUGUCAGAGAGGUUUUCACCUUGGUGAAGAACUACUCUAACACUGUGGAUAUCCAUUGUGUGCACUUGGACCUUUGUAGUUUCCAGCUCUUUGGCAAAAAAGUACUGCAGCAACUACACAAUAAAUAGCGUCCGGACAAGCAGAUUCCCUUUUUUAACAUCAUCAAAAAAUCAGGAGAAGAAUUAGUUGCAGGGAGAUUAAAAAAAAGAAGUCUUAAUCAGGAUGCUAAGUAAAUUCAGCAAAAUCCUUCGGCACGCAUACCCCAAGGACGCGGCCAGGAUCAACCAGCAUCUCUCCCUGACUUCAGUACAAUUAUGCUGGUUUGCAUCAGCCAAGGGAGAAUUUACAAAAGUUCCUGCUGAAAGACAUCUCCCCCCCUCUAAGCUGCAGGCUUGCAAGGACUGUUGUUUCCUGAUCUGACCAGCUUGGGCAAAUUGGCUGUCUUUAUGUUUUCUGCUAAUUGUCUCAAGCUGCCUGGCUGUAGUGUUUAUUUCCACUGACCUUGGUUAAAACACCUUAACAGGAGGCAAAUAUACUUACUACAGGGGUGGAUCAAGCUGCGCAGCCCGUGCAUCCCAGGUUAAAUUGCCCACAUUUCACAGGCUGCAAGUUCAUCUCUAGUUAUCGCAGGGAAAAAAAUACAAAACCCACACUACAAACCCCACAACCAAAACCAAAUAAAACCACAACAAACCAAAGGUGUUGACAUUGCAGAAGCCAGCAAUGCAAACCACAGAAAGCAAAAAGCGAGAACCCAGUCACACACCUCACUAAUCAAGGGGGUUGAGUCCCCCACAUCCCCCUUUUCAGCCACAGCUGCCUCUACUCCAGCUCUCUCUGCCCACACACCCCACACCUUCCCCUGCAGCACCAGCAGCUGGUCUUUGCAGACUGGCCUUUCCUGGGCCUUGAUGCAGGUUUGGUCCUGGGAUGAGCUUUAUACUGGAGGAGGAGCCAGAGUAGAGGCACCUUUCUUCCUCCUCCAUGAAUGUUGCAUACAGAGCUCGGUCUAAAGUCCCCAGGGUAGGCAUUGGUCAGAUUAUAAAUGCUGACUUGGGAAAUGCCUUAUUUGUAACGCUGCUGAGGGAAACUGCUGUAAACAGGUAGAAUGGCUGCUAACCACUCACCAAAAGCCCAGUCCCUCUGAGCCCUCUGAUCUUUCAGCUUUGCUAUAUGUGGAUGGAGGAAGAUCUUUUAUUUGCCAUGAGUUGAUUCUCCCUUAAGUGAGACUCUUUGCUGCCAAGGUGAAGCUAAUCAUUACAGAACCAGUGUGGGAGGAGCUGCGUUCCUCAAUACAAGUUGACCCAUGUCCCUUCCUCUUCCGCUGCAGUGGAAAGGUUUCAGCUCUUCCUGCACAUGGUCUCUUGAGGGCUUGACCCACUGGUGGUCUUUCAGUUACCUGUAGUCCUCCGUCCUCAUUACCCACAUCAUCAGCAGGGCUAGACCUUCUGUUUGCCAAACGUUUGCUGGGACCAGUUUACCUGUUGUGUCCAGCUUGUUCCUGCCUUCCUAGGAGAAGCCUUUUGUGCACUCAGCCAUUUACCGACUUUGCAUCAGGAACUGUGACAUGAUGUGGCCCAGUGUCUGGAGCCACCAGUGAGUGAUGCUGCUUGGGAUUACAGCACAGAAAUCACUGGGGGUUUAAAACUGUACAGGUCUGAGGUGAUCUUCAGAUGAAGCCCUCAGAAAGGUGGGACUUGACCCUACAGGGCUCUGUUUGCAUUUGUGACUAGCCUAGUGACUCCAAUUCUGCUGAAGGUAUCCAUCUUAGGGUUGGUCAGACCGCCGAAACUCUCUCAUCCUGAUCGCAGGUGUUUAAAUGUGAACCUGAACUGCAUGGAGGUGCCUCACUCCAGCGGUGUAGCUUUCCCUGGGUCCCUCCUUGAACAGGGCAUUGCCGUGUGUGGUGACUGCAGCUUCCCAAGAGUCCUCUAGCACUAGAUGGGCUUUAACCAUUUUUAGGGCCUUAGAGGGUCAGAUGGGAGGAGGGCCAGCCUGCUUUACUGCUGGGGAUCAAUUCUUCCUUAGAGCGUGCCUUAGUUCAGAGAAAGGUGCAAACUGAGAAACUCAGCCUGCAUCCCCACCUCCCUAACUGCAGGUGUGCAAAAAAGGAGGGAUUCAGGUUGGACCACAGCAGUUAAGAAAGAUCAAUCCAUUCAGAUAUCCCCAAGGCUUUGGGCAACUUUGGCUAUGGGGCUUCAUUGAAACUCAGCUCUUAGCAUUCACAGUAACAUUUCAAGGAUUUUGUUGCCAGUCCAUUCCCUUACCCUCAGUACCUUGGCUCCCUGCUCACAUUUGUUGUGCAAAUGCAUCACAUGUAAUUCUUUCUUGCCCACCUCUUUCAGCACAUAGUAUAUAUUUCAAUCUUUAAACCUG